GUGUGUUUGUUGCCUCAAGACUUUUGACUAUUUGUAUGGUGCGACUGCGAUGUAACAUUAGGUAUUUAUGCAUUAGAAUAACAGAUUCACUAGAUCAGUCUCCAACCUGGCUGAGCUUCCACUCAUAGAUUUGUAGGUUAUCUCUCUACAUUAAAACAAACAAUGAUGAUGAUAUUUCUAAACACAGCUCCUCGCAUGACUGGAAUUUUGGUCAAGAUUUUCACUCACGUGUUGGAGUGUCCUAUACUUGGAACCUUGCUGUUGUACAUAUUGAAGGGGAAUAAUCUUACUCACCAGCUUAUUUCAAAUGCAGAGUUGGGGGAGCCACCACUCCUUUUUGUUCUCUUCCAUCAUUUUGAAGGUUUGAGAGAGACUUUGGAAAUGAGCACUUUUUGUACUCUUGUUUAUGAAGAUAGCGAAGGAGACAGGAUGCUUGUUGAGGAUGAGAACUGGAUUUCCCACCCACCUCAUUAGAUUUGCCACCCACUUAAAACACUAUCAUAUCGGGAAUUUAAAUUCCGAAAUAUUUCGAAACUUAAAAAACCGAAGUAUUUUUCCACUUAAAAGUAGAGAAUUACAUUGUAUUUUACACUACCAGGAAUUUAAAUCCCGAAUUAUUUCAGAAUAUUCGGAAGUUAAAAUACCGAAACUUUAGGGUGUGAAAUCUAAAUUUAGGGGUGGGAAAUCCAGUUCUUGUUGAGAUGUGCCAUGGCAGUAAGAAUCUUAUCACUGUUGGUGUCAUGCACUAUUAUUAUUUUUUCAAUAUUAUAUUAUAUUCCAUCACUUGAUGUGUGAGGGCCAAUUCCAAAUUAUCAUUUUGUUCUAAAUAUGAGGAGUAGCAAAGGCAAAGAGAGAGGGAUAAACAUAGGGAUAGAGAGAAAGAGGUCAGAGAGAGAUUUUGAAAUGUGAGAGAGAUAGCAUGCAAUCGCGCUUUUUCUGUGUUAUGUUUAAGUUUUACGUUUCCAGUUUGGUAUUGGAUAAAUUAUCCCUGCAACUGGUUUGCAUUAAUUGUCCCUCUUCUCUUCGGCUGCGCCAAACUGACACACGGUGCUUCAGUUUCAUUUUUAGAGUAAUAAGACAAAAAUAUCCUCUAUUUUUGAUAAAAUUCCAUCUUUCUCCCUCAUCAUCUCCACAGUCACAACACCACCAUUUGCUCCUACACCACCACCGCUUCUUCAAUGAAUCCGGGUAAACUUCCCCUUUUUUUUUCUUCCAUUCUACCCACAACCGCACAACUCUCUUUCCUCCGGCGAACCACCGCUAGAUCCAAAUCGCACCCUCCCCCUUCCUCAUACUCCUCCCUCUUUCCCCUUACCUUUCCUCCCCUGUUCCUCUUCUUUCUCUUCUUUUCAUCUAAUCUCUGUUACGAUGCAAAACCCGCCACCGCGCUUCGGAUCUGAACAGAUCAAGCUUUUUCUUCCUUCAUCAGAUCUGUAGUAGACAAAAGAUAAAGGAGAGAUUGGAUAAUUUAAGCUUUUCCUUGCAGAUCUGAAGGUUCAGAUCACCCACCGCCACCGCGCCUCCAGAUCUAGUUGGGUUUCUCGGCGUCGUGGUCGUCUCUCACUAGUGAAUUUACUCAAAGUACAAAGGCUGAGCAAGAAAAAAUCAACAACAUUUUUCCAAAUUGUCAGCAAGCCUUUCCAUUUUUCAUUCUCACUCUCGCUAGUUAACCCUUAAAUGCUACCAUUUAGUAAUUCUUUUAGUUUGCCUUUCAAAAAAAAAAAUAAGGGGAAGAAGAUUAUGGUGUGGGUGGUGAGGGAGGUAGAAGGGGCUUCUGAAAUCUACUUCUUAUUUUGCAAAUUUAAACUUUCCAUAUCUCUGUUUCUGUUUUGCUUCAAAAUUUUCAGAUCUUGCAUCAAAAUAUAUUCAACAUCAAGAGCAGUGGGAAGGAGAAGAAAGGGUAGCAGUGGAGGAAGAAGAAGUGGUGGGUCGCCGGAAUGGUGGUGGCUGGAGUUAACAUG